AUGCGUUCUCUUACCGAAGAAGAGACUCGCACUCUCUUCACUAAGCUUGCUCACUACACCGGAAAGUCGCUUAACGCCCUUGUCACACCUGAUGAAGAUGGAAGGCUCUCUGUGUUCCGACUUCAAGGUAGCCGUGUCUACUAUGUCGACAAGGAAUUGGCCAACCUGAGCACCAGCAUCCCCAGAGACCAGCUCCUGUCUAUGGGCACCAUGGUUGGAAAGUUCACAAAGACCGGCAAAUUCCGCUUGAACCUCACUUGCUUGGACCUGAUUGCUGCCCACGCCCGCUACAAGAUCUACAUCAAAUCCAACGGAGUCAUGCCUUUCCUCUACGGCUCAAAUGUUCUUCGUGCCCAUCUCUCGAAGUACUCCGAGGAUAUGCCAGAGCAUGCAGGAUGUGUCGUGGUUGACGAGAACGAUGUGCCCCUCGGAUUCGGUGUGACUUCGCGCUCUAGUCAAGAGGCUAAGAAGCUGGAAGGCACAGGUGUUGUGGUAUUCAGACAAGCCGAUACUGGCGAAUACCUCCGCGAGGAGGAUACUCUGUUCACAACCUAA